UUACUACGUAAUUAAUUUGGUAAAGGUUUAUUCAAAAAAUAAAAUAAAAUUUGGUAAAGGUUAAUUAGACAUGAGAGGGCGGCAAAUGGCGCGAAAUUGUUACUAAUUCAAUUGUUACUAAUUCAAUUGUUUACUUUCCCAAUUCCCUUAAACCCUAAUUCCAUCUCAAUUCGUCAAUUACCAGGCAUUAAACGUUAAUUAAUGGAUUCUGAACUAAAGAGCCUACAAAAGAGACCCUUUAUACAGAAAGGAAGUUACAACAAGGAAGUUGUGGAACAAGAAGACAGAAUAAGUGAUUUGCCAGAUCAUGUAAUUGCUCAGAUACUUUCUUUCCUUGAAACAGAAGAAGCAGUUAAAACUAGCGUUUUGUCUUCAAGGUGGAGGUAUCUUUGGAAAGGCAUAACUUGUAUUAGUUUGCGUGGUGCUAAUGCUGAUCCUGAUAAAUUUUCAAAUCUUGUAGAGCAUGUGCUUCAAAAUUGCAGUUCUACAAACUUCCAAGCAUUUGACCUUGCGUGUCCUAGUGCAAUAGACUUAUCUCGUCUAAAUGCAUGGAUUGGCUGUGUAUUAAACCACAAAUUGGAAAAAUUACAAUUAUGGAUCAACAAAUACUUUUACGAGUUACCAGAACGCCCCUUAGCACAAUUCAUUCUUUCUUGCAACACAUUAGUAACUCUGAAACUUAAAUCAUGUUUUGAUAUUCAUAUACCAGAGUCAGUUGUUUGUUUUCCUUUUCUCAAGUUACUUGAUAUUGAUGUUAUAUUCCCUGAUCACAUUGAUGUUGUAAACCAACUCUUGUCUUGCUGCCCAGUGCUAGAAGAACUGGAUUUAUUAGGCUACCUGGAUUCCCCAAAAGUGCUAAAAAUUGAUGUUUCUAGCUCUACCUUAAGAAAAUUGAACUUGGGGCUGAAAUAUGAGGGAGGCUCAUGUGGAAAUGAGUUUACUAUUACUCUCAAUACACCCAAUCUUGAACGCCUCUCCAUAGAAGAUGACUCAUUAUCUCGGUAUGUGCUGAAAAAUUUAGUACGGGUCUAUACUGUUGAAGUCAAUUAUUGUGCCUUCAGUCUUACUAUUUUAGGUCCUGAACAUAUUAACCGCCUCCUUGAACUGUUAAAGGGAGUUGCUGCUGCUGAAAACUUGAUAUUGAAGUGGAAUACUUUAGGUGCUCUCGGAUCAACUCUCAGAUAUACCUGGCCAACAUUUCCAAAUUUAAAAACGCUGAUUAUGCAUUUAAGUCCUUUCUCGGGUUGGACCUGCUUUUCAAAAGUUCUCCAUAGCGCCCCUUGCUUGGAGGUUCUUAUUUUGGAUUUGGAGGAUAUAAAUGAUGAAAUAUACCAGUGGUCUCCGCCAGACAUCGUCCCUAAUUGUCUGUUGGAACACCUCAAGGAAAUUGGAAUCCUUUGUUUCGAAGGAAAUGAAGACGAGUUACAAGUAGUAGAGUAUUUGCUGAACAAUGCCCAAGUUUUAGAGUUUAUGUGGAUUGGCUUUGGUUUGAAUGACAUGAAUGUUGAAGUUUUACAGAAGUUAUUGGCGUUUACCAGAGCCUCCAAGACUUGUGAUGUUCAGAUCAAUAAACGCCUCACAUAUGAAGUUGACUCACUUGAUAGGAUUUCCAUAUGGGGAGUUUGAGAUUGUUUGGCUAAUUGUUGUUUAUGUUAAUUAGUGUGACGAACUUCAUUUUCAUGCUAUCAUGUCAUCUUGUUAUGGUAUUGGAGAAUGGAGAAUUAUCGUGACAAGAAAAUUUCAAUAGUCUAAUACUCUGUAAAUUGUUACCAUUGAAGUCCUUGAAAUGAGUAUUAUGAUGUCAAGUUCAUUAGUAUGAGGUCGAAUUUCAGUGACACCGAAGGGCAGGCACAUAUGUUUUUUUUU